UCUGUCCUUAGGAUGUCACUGUCGAACAAAAAAACAUCCAUCGAUCGUAAAGUGUCGAAAGACAACCGUGUCAUAUUGCUAAAAUAUAGGGAAAAAACACGCAAUGAUGCCAGUUAAAAUGUAAUUAAGGAUAACAAAUACGCCUACUUUCUCGUGGAGUCGUUUUCCUGGUGAGCGUUUAACGCGAGAUGGGAAACGAGACGUGAAGCGGUCCUGAUGAUGGAGAGCUGAUGGAGAACAACAGUUAGCAACGACUUCAAGCUAACGUUUAUUUAUUAGAACUGAAACAUAUUUUCAUUGGACGCUAAAUAUCAGAAGUGACGUCGUCCACAUGUGCGACAUUGAGAGGAGAACAUGGUCGUGCUCGGAGCCCUCCUGAGUAUCGCCGGCUGGGUUUCUCUCUACUUCGCCCUAUGUCACGUCAACGGCCGCCGCAGCUCUGAGUGGAACUGUCGCCUUGUGACCCUGCUGCACGGCAUCCUUGCGGUCAGCAUCACGGCCUACAUUGGCUACGUGGAUGGACCCUGGCCCUUCACUUAUCCAGGUACAAAGAACACACCACUGCAGAUAAGUGCUAUGUUGUUGAGCCUGGGCUACUUCGUCUUUGACAUGGCCUGGUGCGUCUACUUCCGCACCGAGGGAGCUGUCAUGUUGGCCCACCACACCAUGAGCAUUCUGGGAAUCAUGCUCACUCUCUGGCUGGGCGAGUCUGGCAUCGAGGGCUGCGCCGUCCUCUUCGGCAGCGAGAUCACCAACCCGCUGCUGCAGGCGCGCUGGUUCCUCAAGCAGACAGGACACUCCGGCACGCCCCUGGCGCACACUGUGGACGCGCUGUUCGUGCUGCUCUUUGUGCUGAUGCGGAUCUUCGUGGGAGGGACAAUGCUGUACUGUGAGCUGAUCUCGCCGAGGCCCAGAUUCUUCAUCAAGUGCGGGGGCGUGGCCAUGUACGCACUAUCCUGGGUGUUCAUGGUGGACAUCGUUCGCUUUGCCGUCCGCAAGAGCAAAAGUUGGCACAAGCAGCAGAGGGAACGACAACAAGCCGCUAAUGGUCACGAAAGAAAGACGGACUGAAUUCUGACCAUAGAGGCUAAUUCAAUGUUCGUCCGUCCAUCCAUCCAUUUUCUCAUCCGCUGAUCCUCACAAGGGUCA